AGCAUUCACCAAAAAGGAGAAAGAAACAGAAGAGAAGAGCUCAGCAACACCAUCAUACACACAUAUUCCUCUCUCUCCCCUUUAUAUUGUAUGUUGGUGUGUGGCUUGCAUACACACAAGCAUCAAACGAAAUCUUUCAUCGCCAUUCUUGGUUACAUUUCAUAACUCAAAAAGGAGGUCGAGAAGAGGCUGAUCGAUCUAUAUAGACUCCGACAAUGAAUUACUCGUCAGGGAAGAAGCCUUACCUCGUUGUCAUGCUGAUCCAAGCAAUAUACGCCGGGAUGUUCCUACUCUCCAAGGUCGCAUUCAAUGAGGGCAUGAACAACUUUGUGUUCAUCUUCUACAGGCAGGCCAUUGCCACUGUCUUCCUCGCCCCUCUCGCCUUCUACUUGGAGUGGAAAACCGCACCUCAGUUGUCUCUCGUGACCUUCAUCAAGAUUUUCAUGCUAUCCUUAUUUGGGAUCACCUUAAGCCUAGACGUAUAUGGAAUAGCUCUCGUAUACACAUCGGCAACCCUAGCGGCAGCUACUACCAACUGCCUCCCCGCCAUUACUUUCUUCCUGGCUCUUCUGUUCGGGAUGGAGACGCUGAAACUGAGGUCAAGCUCAGGGGUGGCAAAGCUGGUAGGAAUAGUGGUAUGCUUGGGAGGGGCAGCAACCCUGGCCUUCUACAAGGGCCCACAGUUCAGGCUCUGGGCCCACCACCACCUCCAUCAAGCUUACCAGUCCCAUGUCUCCUCAGGCAAGACCUGGAUCAAGGGCUGCUUCCUCAUGCUCAGCUCCAACACCUUCUGGGCCAUUUGGAUUGUCCUACAGGGAAAAGUAAUGAAAUGCUACCCAUCAAAGCUUCUGCUCACAACCCUCCAAUGCUUCCUCAGCUCAAUACAAUCACUCCUCAUUGCAAUUCCUUUUGCCAGAGAUCCUUCCGAAUGGAAACUUGGGUUGAACAUCAGACUCAUCUCAGUGGCAUACUGUGGAAUAGUUGUAACUGGUUUCACAUAUUACCUCCAAACAUGGGUGAUUGAGAAACGGGGUCCGGUCUUUCUGGCCAUGUCCACUCCUCUGGCACUCAUCAUCACGAUGUUCUUCUCGGCUCUCGUCUUACACGAAGUCAUCACUCUUGGAAGUAUCUUGGGUGGACUGCUGCUGGUUUUGGGGCUGUACAGUGUUCUAUGGGGGAAGAGGAGAGAGGAAAAGUUGUUACCUGACAGCUUCUCAAAUUCUAUGUCUUCUGGGAUUCAGAAAGAACCCUCAGAGCUGAAAGAAAUGGGAACUCCCAAGUCCUACAACAUCCCUAGUCCAUUGUUGCCUGUCUAACCUUAAUCACAUGGAUGUUUAAUUUCUCUGUUUCGAUUAUUAUGAAUGACUACGUGAUAGACUAAAAAUGGAAAAAUCAGUAUGUGAUCAUCCUAUCGAAUGAAUUUUCUUCUUUUUUUUCCU